CUACUAUCCCUAGCUCCUCUCUCUAUUUCAUGCGCCAAUCACUCAGCCAUUUCUCUUUAGGCUUCCUCUCAUGGAUAAACAUAUCAACCUUGAAAUUGAUGCUCCAGAAAAUUCCCUUACCUCCUCCUCCUCCUCUUCUUCUUCUCCUUCUUCAUCUUCUUCUUCUUCCUCCUCCUCAGCUUCUAAUAAAGGCUCAAGAAAGGCUUACUUUCAAGAACUGGAAAAUGGCAAUGAGAGUAAGAAAAAGCAAAAGAUGUCUACUUCUAGUGCUGAUCAUAAUGAAACUAAUCGCAAUAACAAUAAGCAUCCAAAAUAUAGAGGCGUAAGAAUGCGAAGUUGGGGGAAAUGGGUAUCUGAAAUUAGAGAGCCAAGAAAGAAAUCAAGAAUAUGGCUUGGUACUUACCCUACUGCAGAAAUGGCUGCUCGAGCUCACGAUGUAGCUGCUUUAGCCAUCAAAGGUAAUUCUGCUUACCUCAAUUUCCCCGAACUGGUUCAUGAACUUCCUCGACCUGUCACCAAAUCUCCUAAAGACAUUCAAGCUGCGGCUGCUAAGGCUGCUCUCUCCGAAACAACACAGUUUCAACUUCAAGCUGAAGCUCAUCAGCUCAUAUCAUCAAACACAAACACUACUUCGGCUAUGGAUAAUAGUAAUACACAAGAAUCUGAUGAUACAUUGUUUGACUUGCCUGAUCUAUUCAUCGACGGUGUUGACCUCAAGAGCAAUGGGUUUUGUCAAUAUUCUCCUUCAUGGCAUCUGUGUACAGCGGAUACCGGUUUCCGGGUUGAGGAGCCUUACAUAUGGGAGUAUUAUUAGAGAAUUUUAAUUUAUUUUUUAACACCAAAGUAAAUAGCUUAGUUGAAGUUCUUUUAAAUUUAGUUCAAGAAUUCCAUGUUGGGAGUCUCGUGUUUGUCCUAAUUGGGAUCGAUAGAUUAGCAGAAAAUAUUACAUUAAAUUCCUGUUUUGUCUUCUAGAAACAACAAAAGGGCCUGGAAAUUUGACUGCACUGUAAGAUAUGAAAACAAUAAAGCUCAUAAAUUAAAAUGACAGUUCUCUUUA